AUGAGUGAGGCAAACGCCAGCACCGCGCUGGAAACAAAAUUAGUUCAAUUGCAACUAACGACGAAGCGCGCGGACGGAAUUCUUGCAAAAUCCGAAGAAGAGCCUAUUGCUCGACAUCAGGGAACACUUAGAACUGUUAUUGGCGAAGUGGACAAACUAAGGCUUACGGUUGAAGCUGAAAAACUGGGCAGAAAAGAGGACACUAGCGAGUGGAGCGAGGUGAUUGAUACCAAAAUCAGCGAUGAAGUUCGUCACUCGGUGUUACAAACUGACGUCAAUCUCGCGUGCUUUACUGAGACGUGGCUGACUGACUUUGUACAUGAUAACGUCAUCCAGAUUCCGGGAUAUAAUGUUGUAAGAAGAGAUUGCCUAAUUGGCCAACAUGGAGGAGUGUGCCUUUAUGUAAAAGAGUCAAUCCCAUUCGAAAUUCUCAGUCAAUACCAUAAUGAUCAAUUCGAGGUCUUGUGGGUUAAAGCUCGUCCUCACAAAUUGCCGAGGGGCCUAUCUUGCAUUAUCAUUGGUUCAAUUUACCAUCCACCCUCCGCAAAUGAUAGAAAUAUGAUUGACUUCCUAACUGAACAAUUGUCCCUUAUCGAAUCAACUUAUUACAAUUGUGGUCUUAUUCUACUUGGAGACUUUAAUAAUCUUAAUUGUCAUCGUCUAAAUAACCACUUCAGUCUAAAACAAUUGGUUAAAUUCCCGACUCGUGGAAGGAGAACCCUUGAUUUAAUUCUAACUAACUUGGCUAAAUUUUACCUACCGCCAGUUAAACUUCCACCUUUUGGUCUCUCCGACCAUUUUACUAUCCUUUUGACCCCUAAACACAAGGUUGCAGGAAGAACAAAAUAUGAUAUUUCCCAAGUUCGCAAUCAACACCCGAGAAACAAAGCAGCUAUCAGCACCUUCAUUACUGAAUUUGACUGGUCAAUCCUUGAUUCCCUUUCGUCAUGUGAUAAAAAAUGGUCUGCUUUUGAAUCAAUUAUUCGGUUUGGGAUGGACAUUCUCCUUCCCACAAAAACUAUAAAGAAACGGCUCGAUGACCCACCAUGGAUGACCAAACAUUUGAAAUCCUUAAUUGAGCAACGUCAAAAAGCAUUAGCGAAAGGACAUGACCAGUUAUUUAAAAGUCUUCGUAACCGCGUCAAUAGGGAACGAAAACAAUGCCGGAGUAAAUACUAUGACUCAAAAGUCAGUCAACUUAAAGCCUCUGAUCCCAAACAGUGGUGGAAAUCUGUUAAGUACCUGUGUGGAAUGGAUCCAGUCAACCACAAGUAUGAUCUCCGACAUCUUCAAAGCCUGUCACCCACUGGUGAUGAAACUAAUGAAACCAACGAAGGCAACGCAUCUCUUUCACACUUGGCGAAUACCAUAAAUCAAACCUUCCUAGAACCAAUGAACAUGUUCCAACUUCUAAAUUCUGACCACCCCCAAGCCUUAAACGUGUACGGCACCAGUAACCAAUUACCAUCUACAAUUACCACCACAGAAUCGUAUAUUUUCGAGAAAUUAUCCAGUAUAGUACCUACGAAGGCUCAUGGCCCAGACACUAUUCCUGGUUGGCUUCUCAAAGAGAAUGCCGAUGUACUAUAGCAAAUCCCGUUUGCAAGAUUCUCAAUUCUUCUUAUCUCGAAAAUCGUUUACCCGCUGCUUGGAAGUUCGCAGAUGUAAUUCCCAUUCCAAAACAGAAGCCUGUACGAACUGUAAACAAGGAUUUAAGGCCCGUUUCGUUAACACCAAUAGUCUCAAAACUAGCCGAGGAAGUGGUAGUUGAACAGUUCAUUAAACCGGCGAUUCUCAAAGUGGUGGAUCCUAACCAAUAUGGAACAGUGCCGAAAUCAUCUACCACGCAAGCUCUUAUUAGCAUAGUCCACAAUGUUGCUAAAGCCACUGAUGGCAACGGGGCCUUAGUUAGACUUGUUCUAUUGGAUUUUAGGAAAGCAUUUGAUUUCAUCGAUCAUCAGUUACUUAUGGUAAAGCUCCACUCUCUGGACGUUCCGCCGAGUGUUAUAAAUUGGGUAAGAGAUUUUUUGACAAAUCGUCAACAAAGAGUAAAGUUGGCCAAUGACUGCUAUUCAGAAUGGUCCCUAGUCCCAGCAGGUGUACCCCAGGGAACCAAACUCGGUCCUUGGUUAUACAUUCUUAUGGUCAAUGACCUCAACACAGUCAGUAACAACCUCUGGAAAUACGUAGACGAUACGACUUUAGCCGAGGUAAUACCCAGAGGAGGGGAUAGUAAUAUUCAAUUUGAGGUCGAUGAUAUCCAAAACCAAUCCAACACCUUGAAAUUUACCCUCAACGAGAACAAAUGUAAAGAGAUGCGAAUACAAUUCAGCAGAUACAACACUAAUUACCAGCAGCCUCCCCUUGUGACAAUCAACGAUAAACAGGUAGACUUGGUCUUCCAAAGUAAAAUUUUGGGUUUGACUAUCAGCAGGACCUUAAGUGGAAUAGUCAUAUUGAUAAUAUUGUUAAAAAGGCAUCAAAGAGAUUGUACUUUUUGCGACAAUUGAAGCGUGCCAAAGUAUCUACCACUGAGACGAUGUGUUUCUACUUCACUUGCAUCCGACCAGUUGUCGAAUACGCAUCUCCUGUCUUUCAUUAUGGAAUUCCCAUAUAUCUAUGUAAAGACAUUGAACGAAUCCAGCGACGAGCCAUGAAAAUCAUAUUUCCCACCAAAUCAUAUGCCGAAGCGCUCUCCCAUUCUAAGCUUCUAACUCUUGAAGAGAGACGUCAAAUUGCGUGCGACAAACUCUUCAAAGAAAUAAUGGAAGAUAAAAAUCACAAAUUGCACCCACUUCUACCAGAUCCGAAUACUGACGUAGCGUAUUCCCUGAGAACUUCGAGAAAUUUUAAAAUUCCCAAAUGUAAGACUGAACGAUUUAAAAAGUCUUUUAUAAUUGCUGCUAGUUCUAAUAAUUAAAGCAGCAGUCACUGAGGAUUUUAUAUAUUUACAAUUAUUUUAUUAUGUUUAGUAUUUUUAAGCAGUAAUAGAUAGUAUAAUUAACUUAAACCUUUCCUUUGUAAAAUGUAACCGUUGUAAUUCAGCUUCUUGGCUGCAAGAUCGGUUGUUUUUUUUUUAAUAAAUUGUAAAUUGCAAAUAGUCGUGUAAGACUGACGAAGGAAUGGUUGGCGGAAAACAAGAGGAAACUAGAGGAGAUGGAGAACGACGAGAAGAUCAAGUUUGA